UGCAUUUCUGUCUGAAUGACAAAUUUUUGUUUGAUACAAAAUUGGGAACGAUUUUUCCUACUGAAGUGUUUGCGUACAUGUACAUGUAUGUACUUUUAUGCUUAAAUUUACUUCACAUACCUUUCUUUCAACAUAACAAUUUAAAUCUGCUUCAAAAAUAAAAUCACCUGUCUUCUUUAUCCCACAAUGCUGCUACAUCAAAGUCAGCCAUUUAUAAUAGCAAUGCUUAUUUUCAUACAUUAUACAGCCUUACAGUUAUCAAAAACCCUUUUCUCACAUUCAUGUCUGUGUCUAUCUCUAUGCAGGGUAAAAAUUCAAAGACAGGGGUGUGAAAAACAGCUUCGGCCGCCAUGCCAGACCUUCACUGAACGUGUUUGGUUCAGGAGGUGUCUGCAAUUUUAUCCUUAGCCAGCCAGCGAGCCAGUCAGCCAGCGAAUCGACCACAAGCACAGAGCGUAAUCUCAUGAUGGCUUCCAGAUGCAUUAUUGCAUUAGCGGUGGUGUCGAUGGUGCUGUUUGGAAGACCGUGCGACGGGGAGACUGCGUACGGGGAGUCUCAUAUGUACAGCUACAGUAAAGAUGCGGAGGAUGGGACGCUGUCUGCUCACGUCGAGAACUGGGCAACACUCGUACAGAAUUAUAUUGUCCAUCUCACAAGUGAAGGCCUGCAGUCCCACUAUACACAGCACUUCUUCGAUACCGCCAACUACACCCUACAAGAGAAGAACGGCAACGAGACGGUGAAACGGGUCAAGGCCCUUUUAGGGGACUACUUUGUCAGGAAAGAGAGAGCUGCUCGAAAAAUUGUGGAGAAAGUGGUGGACUUGUACGACAGUUUCAUGAACUCAACCAAUGAUAAUUUUACGUUCACCAAGCUUUCUCAGCUCAAUGAAAGUGUAUACAGGGAUUCUGAUAUUUCGGACACGCUUCCCAAAGACAUCACGUUUAAUUCGUAUUUCAAGCAGCCAGUGAGCUACUCGUCCAGCAUCGUUAAGAUAUCUGACAGUGUGAAUAGAGCUGAUUCAGGUGUGAUCAAGAGCACCUAUUUUACCAGUGGUCUAGAGGAAGUCUUCAAAGAGAAUCAUGAGGAAGACAACCUCUUGAGAUGGCAAUAUUUUGGCUCGGUUGAGGGUCUGGUAAGACUGUACCCCGGGCGAGAAUGGGACACCAACUUUGUCGGGUUCUACAAUGACUAUGACCCCAGGGUCAGACCUUGGUAUAUCGCAGCCACCAGCGGACCCAAAGAUGUGGUCAUCAUCCUCGAUUGCAGCUAUUCCAUGAAAGGAGAGAAAUUCAAGAUUGCCACAGAGGUAGUGAAGACCGUCCUGGACACAUUGACCAAACAGGAUUACGUCAACAUCAUCUGUGCUAGGGCUAGUCACUGGGACGGAGAGGGAAAAUGGUAUUAUUACAGAACAGAAGUACAGAGCUGUAAGAAUGACACGCUGGUCCCGGCCACCACGGCACAUCGUAAAGACCUGUAUUCAAAGACAAUCAACCUUGUUCCUGGCGGGACCAGCGAACUCAAACAUGGUUUUCAGAAAGCCUUUCAGCUUCUUGGAGGUAGAUCAAGAACAGGAUGUCAAGCCCUCAUUAUCCUGGUGACUGAUGGGAAGGAUACGGACGGAGAACACGUUAGAUGUGGGCCAGGCUACUACACUCGCAGUGGGUUUGUACCCGGACCUAUCUGCAAGUAUCAGUGGGAGAAGGUUUGGGAUGAGGUCGCCAUGGACAACAGUAAAGCUAGCCCUAGGGCAAGAAUUUUCAGCUACCUUACCAAGGACGAUGGGGAGGAGUUUCCGGGCAAGCUGGCCUGCGAUCACCGUGGCAACAUGAGGAAGCUCCAGAACGGGGAGGACCUCAUCUCCCAGAUGGAUGAUUACUUCAAGUUCCUCUCCAACAACUCCCUGAACACCGAUGGUCUCUGGACCGCUCCCUACCUGGACUCCUGGGGUCUAGGGUUGAUGGUGACCAUUGCCAUCCCUGCUAUUAGCCAAGUUACAGGAAGUGUAAUAGGUGUAGUAGGCAUUGACGCCACUCUUGACGAGAUUGAGAACCUGAUCGUCAAUGAGCAAUGGGGGUCUGUUUAUGCUUUCCUGAUUGACAACGAGGCCCAGACCAUCUUCCAUCCAUUGCUCAAACCCAGCAAGGCGCUUGUGGAUGAUCCCAUAUUCAUCAACAUUGCCAAGCUGGAACAGCCGGAAGGGAAACCAGAGUCGUUCAGUAUCGUGGAGAAAGACAUGAGACAGGGCAUGAGUGGUUUCCUCUACAUCCCUGAUGCUAUAAGGGGAAUACCCAAGGGUGAUUUUGCAGAUGGAGUGAAGACACUACAGCAACCAGCAACAUAUUACUACACAUCCCUCAACCAAUCCGUCUACUCCUUUGCCUUUAACCUUGCCGAUACAGAUAGGAGCUUCAGACGUUUAGAGGAGCCUCCUGACAGAGACCGCUACAACACCAGCUACUUCAACCUCCUCAUCGAGUACAACAGCUCACUCGCAAGAACAGAUCUACCAGGGGUCUUUGAAGAUAUCGAGGUGUAUUAUGACGUCCCUAAAUACCCGCAUUUACGGGUAUCGUACAAGUUCUCGUCGAUCCGCUUCGCGCCGAAAUGCUACUGCAAUCCGAAUGAUUUCCUCUUUGAUGACGAUCUUGCCACCAAGACGGUGAGGGCGCACAAGUUUUACAACGGCAACGACCCUGACGUGGGCUGCAAUCAUCCAGACGGUGUGUUUGAGCAGAAUACAAGAGCUGAUGUUUUAAUCACAUCUCAAAUCGAACCAAUAUGGAGGAACCGAACCUCGCCGCUUCUGAGAGACGUCAAGUGGACGUACAUAGGGUGCCGCAGCGGAGUGUUUCGCACAUACCCAGGUCAUAGGUCACGGAGACCAUAUGACCCAACAAAGCGUCCCUGGUUCCACAAAGUGAUCGUCAACCCUGACAAGACCACCAUCUCCACUGCUUACAUGGACGCAGCGGGGGUCGGGAAGAUCAUCAGUCUCUCCCAGGCUGUCUUUGAAGGCAUGGAGAACAAGACGAGGGAGUCGUGCGAGAAGCUGACGGGCAAGCUUCCCGGUGGCUGCGAGUGCCAAACCAACAAGGACUGCAUCUCGGGAAAGUGCUACAAGAGUGAAGCAAAGGGGUACACCAAGAACACCCGCUGUGCCUCGGAGAGGGUGGAGGCCGUUACCUCUUUGGAUAUCCUCUACAAUGACUUCCACAAGAACGUGUACAGCAUCAUGCGCGAUGACGACAUGCCCUACUCCUGCGGGGACUACUACAAUUGUCCAAACGGAGAGCCAGGAUGCCAGACCAGAUGUUACCUGUUUGACAACUUUGCGAUGCUGAUCACCGACCCCAUCUUCCUGAACAUCAGCGACCUUGACACGGGCAAGUACAACCGUGUCCCGCUGGGUAAGAAGGAGGGGGAGAUCAUGCACGAUCUCAUCUAUCGUCACAGCUUCUUCCAGCGCAAGGAGCAGAUUGACUUCCAGGGCAGCUGCAGCGUCUCUCCUGGUGCCCCAAGGGUGUCUCUGGAUGGCAUACCCAAGACACCUGAAGACCUUGAUGACUUCUACCGUAACCGAGGUCCCAUCCCCUCAUUCUCAAACUCUGGUGGUUGCAUCCAAGAUGUGGUUGGCUACCAGGCUAACACCUCAGCUCUAGGAUCCACUGGUCUCCUAACUGGAAACAUCUCUGGCCCCUGCAAGUCUGGCUUCUACUAUCUGACUGCUCUACCAAAGACCAAUCUCUUCCUUCUGGUGGUUGAGAACUGGAGGAACACCAAGGAGAGUCUCUUCUUCAAUUUCAACUGCAGAAUCACCAACAAGGUGUCAGCAACAGGAGCGUUCAGGAUCAUCAACGGAACCUGCGCCCACACGGACGACAAGGUCUCCCUUGUGAUGCAGAACAAGUGCCCCAUCAUACGUGACGUUAACAUCCCGUGCAAGUAUAACUCCGCUCCACCGGACCGCAUCCGCACCGUUACCGGGCUCCUCCUCCUCGCCUCUCUUCAAAUAUUCUUGUAUUUUGUACUGACAGCAAUAGGAUGAAGAUAGAUGAAGGGUCGAUCUCGAAGCUCCUUUGAGCAUGUUUCCGCUUAUGUUAUUUUUAUUCAGCAAAACACCAGAAACCAUCUCACUGCGGUCUUGUGUGGUAUCCUACAUGUAUGUCUCUUAUGACUUUGCAAUAUCAACUCCUUUUUUUGCUGAGGCACAUGUAGCUUACUAUAAUGUACGAACAUGAAAAGAAGCAUCCAAAGAAAAAAGAUGAAUUGUACUUUAAAUCAGAGAUCUUUGAUGAUUUUAGACUAUUGUUCAGCUUAAAUUUUAUUUUAAAUAUAUAUUAGAAGAAAAAAACAUGGUUGCAAGUGAUAUUCAAGUAGAAUUCAAAAUGCUCUUUAUCUCUUGAUAGGAUUUUAGGGGGAAGUUAGAGAAUUACCACUCAACAUCAUUCAAUAGUAUUUUUUCAACCUUGAUGAUUAAUUGCUUUCUGAUGUGCUUUCUAGAACUGGAAUGUUUUCAUAUGAAAUAUUUUGAAAUUGCUUUCAAACAUUUUUUCUUAGAGACUAUUUGUGUUGUCUUUUUUUGUAGGUAAAUUGUUUUGUAUUCUAGAUUCUUUUUUAUUUUAAAUGAAGGAAUGCUUUGUGUUUUGAUUGUCAGGAUCUGUGGUUGUUAUGUAGAUAUUUAUUGAGGAAAUGAAGAUGCAGGCUUUAAUUAUGAUUUAAAAGCUGGAAGCAAAUGCGGACCAACCAAAGCAUGCUCUUUUCUUAACAAACAUGACAUUUAAAAAACCUUAAUUCACCAUAUCAUUAUUAUUCUAAAUUACUGUUGUUUAUGCUUUGUACGUGCAGAUUGUGAGGCCUUGUUGUGAGACCUUGAAACAAAUAAAGCAAAGAUUAAACAGGAUUGAAGAUUUCAUAUGGCUUUUGGGUAAACUUUUGGCAAUUAAUUCCUACAAAACUUACUGUAAUCAUUUCCAAGUUGCAUAUAUAAUUUCCCAGAAGUAAAUUCAAAUUUUGACUCGGAUGCCAAAACAUAGAUCUGUAAACCCAACCAAAUACACUAAUAUUGAACAGUUGAUGUUAAUAAAACGUGGAUUUUGAGGUAUUCACCAAUAUUUUUAGGUAAUCAGUAUUACUCUUCCCAUUAUCUUAUAUGUUAUUGGCUCCAAAACUAUCAUAACUAUUUCACUUUCCAGUAUUCAACCUAUUGUAUUUGGUUUGAUUCAAUCUUUACAAGCGAGAAUCAUGUAUUCAAUCAGUAAUUGGACUUUAUGCAAUAAGAAAUACUUGUUUUCCAUUUUAAAUUAUAAGAAUGAACAAAACAUAAAUCUUUUCUCUGCAAAUGAAUCAAACUUUUUUAAUAUAUAAAGAAACCCUUGCAUUGACAUUUAUAUUGACUGAUUUAAUGGUUGUGAAAUAAGCAUGAAUGUUAACAAAUUAGUCAUUCAUGACUUUCAUCGU